GUACUUUAGUCAGACAGUUUCUCUGCAAACUGGACAGUGCACACACGUUUCCAUUUUUCCCCGUCUCGUCACCUAAUUUGCACUUCCAUACAGUCAUGGCAGAUGUUAGCAAAACUGAAAAAGCUAAGUUGCAUGUCCCAGACCUGGAGGAACUGCGUGCCGUAUUACAAACAGGACUGGAAGAUAACUUUGCAGAAGUUAAGGUUAGUGUUGUGGAAUGUCCCGAUCUCACUAAGGAGCCAUUCAACUUUCCUGUUAAAGGUUUGUGUGGAAGUCCUCGGGUCACAGAUGUGGGAGGAGUACCUUACCUGGUCCCUGUGGUUCAAAAGCACAAGGAGUAUGACAUGAAUGCUAUCUCAAAGGAGCUGGAGCUACCAGGAGCGUUCAUCCUCGGUGCAGGAGCCGUUUCCUCGAGGAUCGUGGGGAUGAAUGCGGAGUUGAUGCCACUGGUUCUGACUGAAGCUGAUGGAAGGCCUGCAGUGAACAGCAGCUACUUCUCCUCCAUCAAUCCAGUGGAUGGCCAGUGCCUGCAAGAAAGAUACAGCCACAAAUUCUCUGAUUGCAACUUUGGACUGCUCGGGAAUCUUUACGCUUGUGAAGGGAGGCCAGGAAAGGUCAUCGAGGUGCGGGCACAAAAGAGAACGGGAGAUCGCAGUAUUGUGACGGCCUUGAGAAAAACUCUGGAGGUUCAGUACCCUGAUCGGAGCCUGGCUCUUGGGGGCACCUUCAUCAUCCAGAGGGGGAAAGCAAAAAUCCACAUCAUGCCGAGAGAGUUCUCAGUCUGUCCGCUCAAUUCCGAUGAAGAGGUCAACAGCUGGCUCAAACACUUUGAGGUGAACGCCCCACUCGUCUGCCAGUCGGUGCUUGUAUCCAAAGAUCCUGGACUCGAUCUACGUGUGGAGCACACCCACUGCUUCAGCCGCCAUGGGGAAGGUGGCCACUACUACAUAGAUACCACACCUGAGAGCGUGCAGUACUUGGGCUACUUCGUGCCUGCUGAGUUCAUGUACCGCAUCGACAGGCCCGAAGCCGUCGGAAGAGAUUAAAGAAGGACUCCGCUGCGACCCUUCUCGGCAUUGUGUCCAUUUUGAAAUCCAGCCAUACACAAAUUGCAGUUUUUGUGAAACUCGAACCUUUGAAUACUGAAAAAAAACAAACAAUUCUAGUAAUGUACUGUAUACAAUGAUUGUGCUUCAUAAUCUUUAAUAUCCCUCAGCAUUAACAAACAAGUUCAUUCUGUACCUUGUACUUAGCUAUCUGUCGAAAUAAAAAAAAUACAAAAAUUG